AUGCGAAGUAACAAGGCUCCUGCAUACAUCCAGCUGUCCCAAGUGGAACUCACGACCGUUAGAUUGCCAACUGAAGAGAACCGGGCCGAGGAAUUCAGGGUCCCAAAGUGGGUUUUUUUUAUUUUGGGGAUGUUGUAUUAGGUCGGACGUUAAUUCUUGUGGAUUUUUGGUGCCUACGGGCUGAUUUAUGAUAGUAGUUCUUGAAAAUAGUAUGAAAAGUUAAGGAUGAAGUAUAAUCUUAAUUUUUGCCCAUACGAAGCUUGCGGUUCGUCAAGGAUAACAUCUUGUUUUAGGUUUUUGGUGGAAGCUUUCGACUAUAUCAAGCGCAAUGAUGGCUUCAAGAUCGAAGGAAUUUUUCGACGACAAGGAAAUAACCAACGUAUCGAUAAUGCGGAGGUCAGUUUGUAGAAUAUAUUGUUUUAGGUAUCUUUCGGAUAAAUUGAUAAUUUUAUUUGUAUGUUAGGUGGCGUUCGAUGGACGUUGUCGCAUCCCCGAGGAUUGCACACCCGUUGAUGUGGCGGUGUUGAUUAAACGGUUCUUCAGCCAUCUUGAAGGGGGUAUUUUCCUCGACAAGGAGAAUCAGAUUAUUGCAUUUGCGAUGGACAAGACUGGGAAGGCGAUACGGAAGCCGAUGGGAAUGUUCACCCUAAUAAAAGCACUGCCUCGGCUCAAUGUAGCCACUUUGGCUUAUUUAAUGCAACGGCUGAAGAGAGUAGGUGAUUAAUUUUACAAUUGAUCUAAAUUAUAUUUAGGUUUGUGACUGCAGUGAGACCAAUAAAAUGGACCCUAGGAAUAUGGGCACCUGUAUUGCUCCUUCUUUGUUCGUUAACACGGACCUGCAAGGCAAAACCGGCCAAAAUGUGGGUAAUUUGAACUUUUAUAGGUAUUGUUUUAGACGGAUGAUAUUAAGUUUGGGAUUGGUGCUAUUGCCAAUGUUUUGGCGACGAUGAUUACUCGGCAUGUAGAACUUGGUAGGUUGAUAGAUUCGAAAUUCUAAACCAAUCCUUUUUUAUGAUGUUGAUGUCAUUUUUUGCAGCGAAACCGCCGAUGAUGUUGAGAGGUCAACACCCGCCUUCCCAUCAUUCGAAUGUGAACAGAGUCGGGUCUUCAUACAGCUCCAGGAGCUCCAGUUGUCAUCUCAACUCAGGGUACGAUUAUUUUUCUUUUUUUAAGGGUAAAAACAUUGUACAUUAACAUUGUCGAUGUCAAUCUAACAGUUAUGUGUAACUUUUUAGUGCGUCCGCGGUCUUUGAAACCCCAAACAACGUGCGAUACCUUCCUCCGUCGGGCUCCGUCGUCUCCACAACAUCGGUUCCAACCGAACGAGUUGGCGAAAGGGACAAGAAGAAGCAAGGGGCCAAGGUAUCUUUGCCUUUUAGUACGUUUGCACCCUCCCAUCCAUGUUGUGAUGGUGUUUGUGCAUACGUAAUUGUGUCGUUUUUGGUGUCAGUUCAAGCUAAUAUUAUACUAGAAGUUUUUGCAGAGAAGAGGUAGCUCAGUAGUGAGGACGAUCAAGAACCUGGGCAAAUACCUGCCAGGUCGUCGGACCUCCGGCGUUUGCGACGAUCCCCUUGAGCCCAUGACCACCAAGCUGUUCCCCAGAAAGAAUACCUCAACCAGUGACAUCGUCCAACCCAAAAAUCCCAUGGACCGCUCCUUAUCCUUCCGCGCCCCCUCCAAACCACAAAGUGCUCCGUUUUUGGGCGCCGAGAGAGCACGUCAAGACUUACAACGUCAGAAUUCUAUGUUUUGCAUUAAGACUCCCGAAGAUCAAGUGAAUGUACAGGAAAAGGAAGAGAAGCAAAGGGUCGAAGAAGUCAAGAAUAUUGUGGAUGUGCAGGAAGUCCAGACGAAAGUUGAGGAAAGCACACCGGUGAUUGAGGAUAUUAAGUCGAAAGAAGAGAUCAAUUGGUCGAGUUUUGAGUUCAAAGACUGUCCAACCCCAUUGAAACCGAGAGACGUUCCGCUGACCAAAACGAGAAGAAGAACGGCUCCAGUUGGAGGGAUCGCGUUGAAAAGAAAUCAACCAAACACGGUGACAGCUGGACUUAAAGGUAGGGUUUGUUGUUUGGAAUGGGAGAAGGUUGAGUAUGGAUUUAAAUCUGUCGUUUAGAUGGAAGAAAACAGAUACGAAGAACUCAUACGCUCAAUGCGAAACGGCAAAGCAAUGAGAAUCUGGAGGCUGGUUUCACCAUCACCAAAUAUAACUUUAAUCGAUUCACUCGACACAAAUCAAAGUCUCAGAUUGUCCCAGAAGGAAGUCUUCUCGAUAAUGUCAAUGAAGGUUUCAUGAUGAAUGGUUUGUUUUGUUAUAUUUUAUGUUGGCUUACACGAGGUUUAUCUCAACAUUAUUUUUAAUUUUUCAGGUCUCGAACCUAUCAAAGCUGUACAUCCUCCUGCCGUGUUGAGAGAACGCACCGCCUCGACUGUAAAUUCACAGGACUCCGGCUUCACUCGAGAUCGUCGACCUCAAGAAAAUCCGAACUUCAACAACGUGGCCUCACUAAUUAAAAGAUUCGACGCAAACGUCGGUGUUCGCCCUCCUUGA